GACACAGCAGCGACGCCAAGUGGGUCGUCGUCUCUCGGGACUGGGACAUCUUCGAGGGGGACUUCGGCGAGGCCGACGACCUGAAGCGAUUCCUGGCCAACGGGCAGGCGCCCGCGACAGUGCGCGUGCUCCCUCACUACCUGGUCGACCACUACCGCUUCGGCCAGGACAGGCAGUACUACAUGGACACGGGAGAGGCUCUCGCGCGGGGCUUGCGUCCCGGCGGGGCUGUGGUCCCUGCGGCUGUGCCGAUCGCGGCGGGCGCGGGUGCCGGGCCCGCCGCGAAGUGGUGCGCGCUGGAGGCUCGGGGCAGUGUGGGGCUUGGUGAUGCCCUCACCGCCUCGCUGGGGUCAGUCGAGUUCGAGUCUAACGAUCGUUGUAUCUUCAAGCUGACGGACGGCACAGUUCUGAGCGGCAGGACGCACAGCAGCGCGCGCUAUCGCCGAUCCUUCGCGAGCGCGCUGCAGGAUAUGAAGCCCGCUGACUUCGGCAAGAGCUGGGAGAUCGAGGGUCCGCGCUCGACGUACUACACGGCGGAGCGGAUCUACGAAGGCAACCACAGCCCGGUGCAACGGCACUACUGGUGGCGCUCGGUGAUGGGGCUGUCGGCGACGGACGUCGGCGUGGACGAGCACUUGCUGUUGUCCCAGCUCCUAGAGGUCGGCAUGACGAUCGAUCAGAUGCAGGUCUGCAACUUGGCGACGUUCGAGCUCCUGAGCCGGCGUUAUCAGAUGUGGGAGAGCGCCUACAAGGAUCUGCUGCGAGAGGUGGACUCGGGCGGCUCGGGCGGCGACGACUGGCUGAGCGAGCGCUCGCUGUUCCUCGGCGUGAAGAAUCUGAGGAGCAGCGCCAUCGUCUUGCCUGAGCUGGAGGACUACGUGGCGAAGGAGCUGGCGGCCCGCGCCGCCGUGCUGAAGGAGCGCCGCAAGGCGCGUGAGGAGGCCGCGCUGGCCAAAAGAGAAGGCUUUCGUGAGGGGUUCAGGGCUGGCAGGUGGUGCCACCCUGAGGCGCUUUCAGCUUCGCAGCAGAUGAGGCAGCGCGACGUUCUGCCGAUCUCCCUGGCGGCCGCCUCGGAGAUCUGUGCUGGGGGUGUCAGCGGGCUGGGCUUGUCCCAGAGCCAGCGGCGGCGGCUUCGACGUCGACGUGCUCAGGAGGGCUGGCUUUUCGAGGGCAUCCGCGCCUUGAACGAGCUGGGCGCCCCGGAGCCGCUGGCGGCUUCGCCCUCGCCCUUGACUUCGGCUCAGGUCUCGGCCGUUCGACGCCUUGCUCGGCAGUGCGGAUCAGUCGUCGCUCCCCCGCCUGACUGCGGGAGCGCCCUGGGAGCGUGGGAGGCGCUCCAGGGUACGCGGCCCGGCUACGCGGAUGACGCGAUGGCCGUCGGUGCUCGGGCGAACUUCGAGCGAGGGAACGCGUCGCUUCCCGCGGGGCUCUCUGGGCGAGUUGCGCUGAGUGAGUGCCUGCCGCCCGCCCUGCAGUCUGUGUUUUUCGGCCUGCCCUCACUUCCUAUUGCGCACCUGUCCCCGAACCUCGUCGCCGCGCUCCCGGAUGCGGCUCGAAAUCGGGGCUGGGCCCGCGUGCGGGCUCGUGUGGUGCCGAUGGGUUGGAAUUGGGCCGUGGCUCGUGUACAGGCCGCCAAUCAGUAUCAGCUCAAUAAAGUUUCCCCCGAGGCCCCGUGGCUCCUAGAUAAGGUACCGCUCCCGCCUCUUGGCGAUGUUGGGUCGCUCCGCGGACUCUAUAUCGACAACUUCGUUUCCAUUGCCCAGUCUAAGUCGGUUGCCACCUCGGACGUCGAGAGUAUGCAGUCUCAGCUCGCGGGCCUUGGGAUCGCGUCGACCUUGGAGACCUCAGAGGCGGGGGGCAAUGACUUCAUAGGUUUCACUUUGGUGGGCUCGUCUGGGGAGUGGCGUCCUAAAGCUAAUCGGUUCUGGAGGUUGAAACUGGCUGCCGACUAUCUUCUGGAGGUUCGACCUGCUAUCGCAGGGCAGGAGCUGGAGCGUUUCGUGGGCCACGUCGCGGCUCUGUUUUCGCUUUCCCCGGAGCUCUUGUGCCUCAUGGAAAAGGUCUAUGUGUUCAUCCACGAGAGUUACACUCGCCGUCAGCCCCUCUGGCCAUCUGUUCAUCGCGAAGUUCGGUGGAUACGUGCUCUUCUGCCCUUGGCUCGUGCCUCGAUGCGUCGCCCGUGGUCGAGUCGAGUCUUCGGCUACGACGCGUCGUGCUGGGGAUUUGGAGUUGGAUCGACGCGCUGGGAGACUAGUGAGGUCGCCGCUGUGGGCCGUGUUCGUGAGCGAGCACGCUUUCGGGGUCUUCUCAGUAGCUCGGAGGCGCCGCGGUCCCGGGCUCUGGACCACCAGGAGGAGCUGGAGAUCUCGGAGGCUUCGGAGGCCAACAUCCUGGGGCUCGGGCGGGCCCGCUCGUUCGCUGAGGUCCCGGCGGCCCUGGUCGAGCGGAGCUGGACUGCGGCCUACGCGGGCCGCUGGAGGGGUGUCCCGGGGUCCCAGGUCCAUCUCGAGGCCCGGGCCAGCCUCGGCAUGGGGGCCAAGCGAAAGUGGCAGUCCAUGUCCAGCACCGCCUGCCUGCCUCCAGCGCAGUUGGUGCUUGCGGUCCUGUCCGACUCCGACGACGUGGUCGAUGCGGGCCCGGGCUGCUCCAGCACCCGUUCUGUCGGCGCGCUGACGGGCCGCGGCCGCGCGAGCAGCGGUCGCGCUGGGCCGAGCGCCCCUGGGGCUUGCCUGCCCAUCCGUCCUGGUGGCGCACGGCGGGUUGCCCGCUCAACCCCCUCUGGCCCUGGGGGCCGCCAGGGCUCGGGCCGCCUGGAGCGCCUCCGGGCGGCGACGCGGGCGCGGCUGCUGCUGCUGGCCCCGCUGCUGACCGGCCUCCAGCAGGAGCGGAUCCGCCCGGCGACGCAGGCGGGCUACUGCGACGUGCUGGAGCAGCUGGCUGGCUACCUGAAUCAGUGGCCGCUGCCCGCUUGGUCGGGCCCGCAGUGGGACCUCCAGCUCCUCAACUUCGUGGAGUGGGCGCGGGGCGAGGGGUGGUCGCGGGCGCUGGCCUCUCGGCUGCUGGCCGCCGUGGUGUGGGCCCAGCCUACGUUGGGCGGCCCGCUGCGCCAGGUCUUCCCCGACGCGCAUGCGGCCAUGCUGGGCUGGCGCCAGCUGGAUCCGGGGCACAGCCGCCCGCCGCUGCCCUGGGGUGUCGUGCUGGCCUUGGCGUGGGCAAUGCUGCCCGAGUGCCCGGUGGGCGCCCUUGCCAUCAUCGUCAUGUUCGAGACCUACAUGCGCCCCUCGGAGCUCCUCAGCCUGACGGUGGGGCAGCUGGUGCCGCCCACGACGUCGCGCGGCCAAGGCGCGUUCUGGGGCUUCUGCGUUCGCGUGGAGGAGCUGGGACGGCCGUCCAAGACCCAGGAGUUCGACCUGAGCGUGCUCCUCGACUUGGACCGCCACCGCCCGCUCAUCCCGCUGCUGCAGGCGCUGAAGACGGGGCGCGCCCGCGGGGAGCGCCUCUUCGACGUCAGCCCGAGGCUGUUGUACCGGUCCUUCGCGCUGGCCGUGCAGCAGGCGCAGGUCUCUUGCGUCGAGCCGAGCCUCUACGCGCUGCGGCACGGGGGCGCCAGCCACGAUCGUCUCGUUCGAGCGCGGUCGCUCCUCGAGGUGCAGCAGAGGGGGCACUGGCGCAGUUUUCGGAGCGUCGCUCGCUACGACAAGCACGCGCGGGUGUCCUUGCAGCUCGGCAAGCUCCCCGCGACGGUGAGGGGUCAGAUCGCCGCGCUGGUGGACCGCGGCCUCGCGCCCUUCGCCGAGCGCUGCGCCGAGCUCUUGCGCAGCCGCAGCCCCUCG